AUGACCAUUUCCCUGCAGGAUUGUAUUUCAGAUAGGUGGCAGUGGCAGCCUGACCCGGACGAUGGUUAUACCGUGCGUGGUGCAUAUCAGCUGUUGACAGCACAGGAUACAGUUACUUCGGAUACAGCGACAGGGCUUAUUUGGCACCCUCAGGUUCCUUUGAAGGUUUCUAUCUUUGCAUGGCGACUCUUGCGAGACAGGUUACCUACCAAAGCAAACCUGGUUUCUCGAGCUAUUUUAUCUUCGGAGGAUCAUCUAUGUGUUUCUGGUUGUGAGGAGGUUGAGUCAGCUCAGCACCUGUUUCUCUCCUGCAGCACUUUCGGCGCUCUUUGGUCUCUUGUCAGCUCUUGGAUUGGCUCGUCUUUGGUGACUGCUCAGACGCUUUCAGAUCAUUUUGUUCAGUUUACUGGUUCAGCGGGUGGUCUUCGAGCACGACAUUCUUUUAUGCAGCUCAUAUGGCUUGCUUGUGUGUGGGUUGUGUGGACUGAAAGAAACCAUCGAUUGUUUAGAGGUUCGGCGAAUUCUUUAUUAUAUAUGUUGGACAAGAUCAAGACUUUUUCAUUCAGGUCAAAUCAGGAAUCAGACCUGCAUCCAGUCAGAUCAGCACCUAAAACUGAAAGAAUAAUUAAUGAACCGGCUUGA